GAGAAGAUCAUGCAUGAUGUGAUAAAGAAGGUAAAGAAGAAGGGGGAGUGGAAGGUGCUGGUGGUGGAUCAGCUGAGCAUGAGGAUGCUCUCCUCCUGCUGUAAGAUGACGGACAUCAUGACCGAGGGGAUAACGAUUGUGGAAGACAUCAACAAGUGCAGGGAGCCACUGCCCAGCCUGGAGGCUGUGUACCUCAUCACUCCGUCAGAGAAGUCUAUCCGCUCCCUCAUGAAUGACUUUAAGGACCCACCGACUGCUAAGUACCGGGCUGCCCAUGUCUUCUUCACUGACUCUUGUCCAGAUGCCUUGUUUAACGAGCUGGUAAAAUCUCGAGCAGCCAAAGUCAUCAAGACUCUGACGGAAAUCAACAUUGCGUUUCUCCCCUACGAGUCCCAGGUGUAUUCUCUGGACUCGGCUGACUCUUUCCAGAGCUUCUACAGUCCCCACAAGGCUCAGAUGAAGAAUCCUAUACUAGAGCGCCUGGCAGAGCAGAUCGCCACUCUGUGUGCCACGCUGAAGGAGUACCCAGCCGUGCGGUAUCGUGGGGAGUACAAGGACAAUGCUCUGCUGGCCCAGCUAAUCCAGGACAAGCUCGACGCCUACAAAGCUGACGACCCCACCAUGGGCGAGGGCCCAGACAAGGCUCGCUCCCAGCUCCUGAUCCUGGACCGCGGUUUCGACCCCAGUUCCCCUGUUCUUCAUGAGCUGACCUUUCAGGCUAUGAGUUACGAUCUGCUGCCUAUCGAGAAUGAUGUGUACAAGUAUGAGACGAGCGGCAUCGGAGAGGCGCGGGUGAAGGAAGUGCUUCUGGACGAGGACGACGACCUCUGGAUAACGCUGCGCCACAAGCACAUCGCAGAGGUGUCCCAGGAAGUCACCCGUUCUCUGAAAGAUUUUUCUUCCAGCAAGAGAAUGAACACGGGGGAGAAGACCACCAUGCGGGACCUGUCCCAGAUGCUGAAGAAAAUGCCCCAGUACCAGAAAGAGCUCAGCAAGUAUUCCACCCACCUGCAUCUUGCCGAGGACUGCAUGAAGCAUUACCAAGGCACCGUGGACAAGCUCUGCCGGGUGGAGCAGGACCUGGCCAUGGGCACGGAUGCUGAAGGCGAGAAGAUCAAGGACCCCAUGAGAGCCAUCGUCCCCAUUCUGCUGGACGCAAAUGUCAGCACUUACGACAAAAUCCGCAUCAUCCUCCUCUACAUCUUUCUCAAGAAUGGCAUCACUGAGGAAAACCUGAACAAACUGAUCCAGCACGCCCAGAUCCCCCCGGAGGACAGCGAGAUCAUCACCAACAUGGCGCACCUGGGCGUGCCCAUCGUCACCGACUCUACGUUGCGUCGCAGGAGCAAGCCAGAACGGAAGGAGCGCAUCAGCGAGCAGACCUACCAGCUGUCACGAUGGACCCCGAUUAUUAAAGACAUCAUGGAGGACACCAUUGAGGACAAGCUCGAUACCAAGCACUACCCUUACAUCUCUACCCGCUCCUCUGCCUCCUUCAGCACCACUGCCGUCAGCGCCCGCUAUGGGCACUGGCAUAAGAACAAGGCCCCGGGCGAGUACCGCAGUGGUCCCCGCCUCAUCAUCUUCAUCCUGGGAGGCGUGAGCCUGAGCGAGAUGCGCUGCGCCUACGAGGUGACCCAGGCCAACGGCAAGUGGGAAGUGCUGAUAGGUUCUACUCACAUUCUUACUCCCACCAAAUUUCUCAUGGACCUGAGACACCCCGACUUCAGGGAGUCCUCUAGGGUAUCUUUUGAGGAUCAGGCUCCAACAAUGGAGUGAGAGCCAAAGAAACAAAGAUCCACGCAGAUUCUCACCCCACAAAAACUGCUGGACACGCUGAAGAAACUGAAUAAAACAGAUGAAGAAAUAAGCACUUAAAACAAUAAGCUGCCCCUCCAAAAAGUGAACCCCCCCCCCCCGUGCUCCGCAGCCCUGCCGCUGCCUGCUGCCCGCAGUGGUUCCUUUGCUGACCCUCUGUCCCUCCCUGCCUCCCAGCUCUGCACGCCCUAGUCGGUGCUGUUGCCGCUGCGUUCUCGUGUUUAAUGAUGCCCUCUUCUCUUUGAAACAAAAGAAAAUAAUGCAUUGUGUUUUUUUAAAAGACUGUCUUCUAUAUGUGCCCUGAGAGGAGAGGUUCGUGUGUAAGUGGCGCGCUGCUGGAGAAGUUCUGGGACUGUUCAGAUGAAUGGACACCUCCUCCCCAUUCGUUAUGAUUCCGUGACCUUGUACAUAACCUGGUGCGACAUGUGCAGAUUGCCUGAGUGUGGGAAGGCGGAUGCUUGAGUGUUUUUAAGAACUUGUCUGGGUUGUUUCUGUUCUUAUUGGGACUCAGAUGUCUGUUCCGGGAGUAUUUCAAACUGAGGCUCUCUCUGUCCACUCCAGUUCCCACGCGCCAGGGCCUGCUCUCAUCAGGUAGGCUGGGCAGGGAGGCCCAGGUGGCAUCUCGGAGGCUGGAGCUGGAACCCACCUCUUUGCUUUCCUCAGUGGCCCAUAUCCCCAGUGCUGUGGCUGUGGGUGGGGGCUGGUGUUCAGCUUGUCACCGUGCCCUCCCUGGCUGCAUCCACAGCGCUGUGACCCUGAGGGAAGUCGCUCUGUGGUCUAAGUCACUGCCCAAACCAGUAAGGAGCAAGCUCCCCCUGGAGACCUUGGUCUCCUGGAGAAGGGGUUAGGCCUGAUCUUUUGACCAGAGAAGCUCUUUCUUAGUGGAGUCAGCCUGGGAGAGCUCAGGGGUCAGGAAGGGACUAGAACAGAGUGGGCUCUGCAGGACGCUAUCAGAGGGCCUUCCCUGUAGAGAGGGCCCGUCCCCUAAGACGUCCAAUGGCUGGGAUCAUAGCCCAAGGGAUGUAUACAGACCGUUGCCCACUCAGAUGACCCUCAGUGGAAGAUACUUCCUGAUAUUUUAUUUUUUGUAGUGCGGGGUCAUAUGUUGUUGUGCUUGUAGAGAAAAUGAUCAUUUUAUUCCCUGUAUAAAAACCUAGCUGUAUAAAACUUAGCUCUAAUGCAAAACUUAAAGAAGCAAAUGCAGGCAGGAUGUCUCGUCAUCCUCAAGACUCAGCAGUUCUCGUUCCUGGGAGUGAGCACACCGUUUGUUCUGCUGCUGUUGUCAUGAAAUAUAAUGACAGUGGAAGUCACAAAAAUGUCCCCUGUCCAGCCCCCGCCACCCUUUUACUCCUGCAGACCGCGUGUAUAUUCCUGUCUCGUGAUGUCGUUGCAAACGUGGUGUGUGCUAGUUUAACUCGCCCGCUCUCCUUUCAGAACAUGUCCCUCGCCCGCCCGGUAGAUGCCUGUGGUGUCCUCUCCUCACGGCUUGGAAACCUCUCUCCCCUUUGCACUCAGAUUAGUUUGCAGGUCUGUCUCCCCUCUCCCCUUAAGACAUCUUAUUUCCUUAGGACAGAGCUGUAGGUACUUGCAUUGGUUGGUUUCUUACUGUUACUGCUUGUUUUGUCCCCUCCCUGUGACCAAUGCUCAUGCUUCAGGACCUUGUUUGUUGAACAUGUUGGUUUUCCUUUCUCUGUUAUUUAUAGAAACAUAAUUUAUCAAAAGGAUAUUUUAAAAAUCUAGUCUGUCUUGAAACUUGUUUACCUUGAAAUUAUCAGAAUCUCAGUGUUUGAAAGUAUUGAAGCACAAACAUGUAUCAUCUCUGUACUGUUCUGUACUAAAGUACUUGAGUCUAAUAAAUGAAUAAUUUGGCGCCCACUCAUGGUGUCCAA